AUGUCGCACUCAUCGUUAUCUUGGUUAUCUAAUUUAAACACGGAUCAAACUCCUCAUAAAUAUUUGAGAAGAUCUUCGAUUAUUGGUACAAUUGGUCCAAAAACAAACAAUGUUGACGUAUUGGUUAAAUUGAGAAAAGCCGGUUUAAACAUUGUGAGAAUGAACUUUUCUCAUGGUUCUUAUGAGUACCAUCAGUCAGUUAUUGACAAUGCCAGAAAAUCCGAGGAAGUUUACAAGGGAAGACCAUUGGCUAUUGCCUUGGAUACUAAAGGUCCAGAAAUCAGAACAGGUACCACUGUUGAAGAAAAGGACUGGCCAAUCCCACCUAAUCACGAAAUGGUCUUCACCACCGAUGAUGCUUACAAGACUAAAUGUGAUGACAAAAUCAUGUACAUUGACUAUAAAAACAUUACCAAGGUUAUUCAACCAGGUAAGAUCAUAUAUAUUGAUGAUGGUGUCUUGUCAUUUGAAGUUCAAGCUAUUGUAGAUGACCACACUUUGAAAGUCAAAUCUAUUAAUGCUGGUAAGAUUUCUUCACACAAGGGUGUCAAUUUACCAGGUACAGAUGUUGAUUUACCACCAUUAUCAGAAAAGGAUAUUGCUGAUAUCAAGUUUGGUGUUAAAAACAAGGUACACAUGAUUUUCGCUUCUUUCAUUAGAGCCGCAGACGAUAUCAAGCACAUUAGAAGAGUUCUUGGUGAAGAAGGUAAAGAAAUCCAAAUUAUUGCCAAGAUUGAAAAUCAACAAGGUGUUAACAACUUUGACGAAAUUUUGGAAGCUACCGAUGGUGUCAUGGUUGCAAGAGGUGAUUUGGGUAUUGAAAUUCCAGCUCCUCAAGUGUUUAUCGUACAAAAGAAAAUGAUUGCUAAAUGUAACUUGGCUGCUAAACCAGUUGUUUGUGCUACCCAAAUGUUGGAGUCGAUGACCUACAACCCAAGACCAACCAGAGCCGAGGUUUCCGAUGUUGGUAAUGCUAUUUUGGAUGGUGCAGAUUGUGUUAUGUUGUCAGGUGAAACCGCCAAAGGUGACUACCCAUGCGAAGCUGUUUCUAUGAUGCACAACACCUGUCUUAUUGCUGAAAAGGCCAUCUCUUAUCAACAAUUGUUCAACGAGUUGAGAUCAUUAGCAGUCAAACCAACAGCAACCACUGAAACCUGUGCUUGUGCUGCUGUUGCCGCUGCUUAUGAACAAGAUGCCAAAGCAAUUGUAGUCUUAUCAACAACCGGAUACUCAGCAAGAUACGUGUCCAAAUAUAAGCCAGACGUUCCAAUUUUGAUGGUUACCAGAAACGAAGAUUGUGCUAAAUACUCACAUUUGUACAGAGGUGUUUAUCCAUUUAUCUACAAAAAUGAAUCAUUACCAAACUGGCAAGAAGAUGUUGAAAACAGAUUGAGAUGGGCUGUUUCAGAAGCAGUUGAGUUAGGAAUCAUUACCAAGGGUGACUCAAUUGUUACUGUGCAAGGAUGGACUAGAGGUUCAGGUCACUCCAACACUGUUAGAAUUGUCCAAGCUUAA